AUGUCGACGCUGGCCCACGUGCGCCUCAUGUCGGCAGCACCACUGCGGCUGCCGCGCCAUGCGCUCUACCGGAUGCACGCCUCCUCUCAGUUCUCCACUUCGGCCUCGUGCCGCUCUCUGCGACCGUCCUCGCGAUGGGGACGGCCCUCGACAGCGACAGCAGCAGCGGCCGCGCCGUUUCUGUCGUCGAGCCUGGCGUCACGAUGCUCGACUCCGCUGCUGGUGUCUGUGCCGGCGCUGUCAUUAGCCCCACGAACGCUGCGGCUCUUUUCGACUGAGCCGACGCCCCCGCCGACGCCACCACCACAACAGGGCCAAUCGGCCGCCGAGCAAGAACCACUACCAGAGGGCUGGGUGCGGCUGAACGAAGAGGAGCUGGAGAUGCUGUCGCGCAUCCUGGCGAUCUCGCCGCCGACGCGGCGGCAGAGCAUGAUGGAGGUGAUUGACGGUGUGCGGCGAUACGGCGCGCCCAAGGAGAUGCGCGAGCUCAUCUCGAAGCAGAAGGAGGGCGGUAUCAGCCUGGCGGACGGCAUGAAGGUGGUCAAGGUGGCCUUCAACCUGGCAAAGCAGAUCUCCGACGGUGAGGCGCGCGACGCGGCCAAGCAGGAGGGACAGACACCGAAGGCCGGCAAGAACAGCCUGGACAAGAACAUGUUCAGCCCGAACGAAGCGCCGACAGACUUUGGCAACUUCCGGGUCAACAGCAAAAAGGAAGGCGAGGGCGAGGGCGAGAGGGCUGCCGGCGGCGACAAAGAGGCCAAGGAGGGCAAGGAGGGCAAAGAGACGAAGGAUGGCAAAGAAGGCGAGAGCGGCGACGGCAAGAAGGGCGGCAACGGACAGAAGCCACCAGGACCAUUCUUCGAGGGCAACGACUGGUUGGGCUGGGUGCUGGGUGCAGCGAUCUUCUACCCGAUCUACUCGAUGCUGUUCCCGGGCGGAUCAACGACAGAGAUCACAUGGCAGGAGCUGCGGCGCAACUUCUUGGACAAGGGCCUGGUGGACAAGCUGGUGGUAGCGGGCAACCGAGUGCGGGUAGAACUGAACCGAGAGGCAACAGCAGCGGCAUACCCAGACUCGACGGCGGCGAGCCCGCUGCAGCAAUACUACUUCUCAAUCGGAUCGGUGGAUGCAUUUGAGCGGCGGCUAGAGGAGUCGCAGGACGAGCUGCAGAUCCCGCCAUCGGAGCGGAUUCCGGUCAGCUACGCGACCGAGGGCAUGAUGGGCAACCUGCUGGUAGCAUUUGGGCCACCCGUACUCCUGGUCGGGCUGCUGUACUGGAUGACGCGGCGAAGUGGUGGCGGCGGUAUGGGCGGAUCGAGCGGGAUCUUUGGGUACGGCAAGAGCAAAGCGAAGCGGUUCAACCACGAAUCGGCGGUCAAGGUCAAGUUUGCAGACGUGGCGGGCAUGGACGAGGCCAAGCUGGAGAUCAUGGAGUUUGUCAGCUUCUUGAAGCAGCCGGAGCGGUUUCAGCGGCUGGGGGCCAAGAUUCCGCGCGGUGCCAUUUUGGCCGGGCCUCCCGGCACGGGCAAGACGCUGCUGGCCAAGGCAACGGCGGGCGAGUCGGGCGUGCCGUUCUUCAGCGUCAGCGGGUCUGAGUUUGUGGAGAUGUUUGUGGGCGUGGGUGCGUCGCGGGUGCGCGACCUGUUUGCGACGGCCCGCAAGAAUGCGCCGUGCAUUGUGUUCAUCGACGAGAUCGAUGCCAUCGGACGGUCGCGUGGCGAUGGUCGUCUCGGAUCGGGCGGUAACGAGGAGCGUGAGGCCACGCUCAACCAGAUCCUCACUGAGAUGGAUGGCUUCAACACGUCCGAGCAAGUCGUCGUGCUGGCCGGCACCAACCGGCCCGACAUCUUGGACAAGGCCCUGAUGCGGCCCGGUCGCUUCGAUCGCCACAUCACCAUUGAUCGGCCGACGAUGAAGGGUCGCCAGGAGAUUUUCCGCGUGUAUCUGAACAAGAUCGUCACCAAGGAGGACAUUGACUAUCUGGUGGGCCGUCUGGCGGCGCUGACGCCAGGCUUUGCGGGCGCGGACAUUGCCAACGCGGUGAACGAGGCAGCAUUAGUUGCCGCCCGCGCAAACGCUCUCACCGUCGAGAUGCUCCACUUCGAACAGGCCAUCGAGCGGGUGGUCGGCGGGCUGGAGCGCCGGUCGCUGGUGCUCAACCCACAGGAGAAGAAGACGGUGGCAUACCACGAAGCAGGCCACGCGAUCUGCGGCUGGUAUUUCCAGUACGCCGACCCGCUGCUCAAGGUGUCGAUCAUUCCGCGCGGCCAGGGCGCGCUGGGCUACGCGCAGUACCUGCCGGUAGGCGACGCAUACCUGAUGAACGUGCGGCAGCUGAUGGACCGCAUGGCCAUGACGCUGGGCGGCCGUGUUUCCGAGGAGCUGCACUUUGACACGGUCACGACGGGUGCCAGCGACGACUUCAAAAAGGUCACGCGCAUGGCCACGACCAUGGUGACGGAAUGGGGCAUGUCCGAGAAGCUCGGGCUGCUGCACUUCCGGCCGAGCGACGAGCAGAACCAGUUCCAGAAGCCGUUUGCCGAGUCGACCGCCCAGCUGAUCGACGCUGAGGUCCGCCGCAUCGUCGACGACGCCUACAAGCAGUGCCGUGCCCUGCUGACAGCACGCAAGACUGAGAUCGGCCUCGUGGCCGAGGAGCUGCUGCGCAAGGAAGUCCUCACCCGCGACGACCUCGUCCGCCUGCUCGGCCAGCGCCCCUUCCCCGACCAGGACGAGUUCACCCGCUACUUCAACAACGACGGCGGCCAUCACGGCACCACUCCGCCGCUGCCGACCGAAAACACUGACGAGGACGUCCGCACGCCCGCACCUGACGGGCCCCAGGGCCCGGCUACUGCUCUCUUCCGCCGCCGGUAG